ACACACACCCACAUUCACACACCCACACUCAUACACAGAGCGGAGCUCGUGGCCGUCCAGCUGCACAAAUACACUGGAUGCCUGUUAGCGGUGGAAACUGAAUUUUCUUUACCUUGAGAUUUUCUGCAGUAUUAUCCAAAAUGAGUAGCUCUUUCUCAGCCAAAAUGGAACUGGCUAAAGAUAUGAAGGAGGAGGAUAAGUUGUACAGAUAUAAUGGAGUGCUGUACCCUGUCAUCAUGAGUCCAGUGGAGAACCUGAAGGCUAUGGAAAGGCUGGAAGCAAGAGCAGAUGAUGUAAUGUUAGUUGCAUAUCCCAAAUGUGGUUUUAAUUGGAUGGUGGCGGUGCUUCGUAAAAUACUGGCAGCAGCAACUGGUGAGAAAGCAGAGUCCCAAAUCCCUCCAUUGAUGGAGUUCUUUGGGCCAGAAAUGCAGCAGGUUAUUCACAAAGCACCGUCCCCCAGAUUUCUAGGGACACACAUGCACCCAGAUAACAUUCCUGCAUCCUUCACCACAAAGAAAACAAAGAUGCUGGUGAUAUUCAGGAACCCGAAAGACACAGUGGUUUCCUUCUAUCACUUCUCCAACAAAAACCCAUUUCUACCCACUGCCGAGUCCUGGGACCGCUUCUUCUCAGAGUUUAUGAGUGGAAAAGUUCCCUGGGGUUCAUAUUUCGACCAUGUACUUGGCUGGGAGAAGAGAAUGGAUGACCCUAACGUGAUAAUAGUCACCUUUGAGGAGUUAAAACAGGACCUGAGUGAAGGUGUGCGAAGGGUCUCUGAGUUCUUUGGUUUCAGUCUCAGUGAUCCUCAGAUCCAGGCCAUCGCAGAGAAGAGCACCUUCAACGCUAUGAAGGAGAGCUCCAAUGACUCACACGGCCAGAUGGGCAACGUCUUGUUCAGGAAAGGUGAAGUAGGAGACUGGAAGAACCAUUUCAGCCCAGCCCAAAGCCAGGAGAUGGAUACAGCAUUUGAGAAGCACCUGGCAGGGACUAAACUGGGGGCUAAACUGAAGUAUGACCUGUACUGCAAGUAGAUAGCAGACAGGAUGAGCACUGACUGAACUGAGACAGGAUUCAAGGGAAACACUGACAGAUUAGGAAAGUUCAACCCCAACAGGCAGGAGAGCUGGUAUGCAGUAGCUAAACUGACAUAGACAAUGAGGAAUUUGGUGGUGUGACACUUGUUACUCCACUUGACUGUCUUACACUGCAGCCAUUCCAGGGCAUUUUGUGAAAGUGUGACAUGAGAUAGAGUAGACAUGAUAUACUUCAUGUUAGAUUCUUUAUACACAUCUUGUAAUCCUUGUUUUUAUACCACUGCACUUAAGAAUGUUAAUUAAAGUUGGUUCAAUGAUUGA